AUGAUUGUGGGCAAAAACUUCUGGGAUGAGGAGAAGGACGCACCUAUUUUGAAGAGAAAUGGAAAUUACAUUAACAAAGAGAACUGCGAGUAUGUUUGCAAGCGUGCAGAACAUUUCUACAAAAUAAUGUUAAGUUACAUUAAGGAGGAAAUCGAUGUGGAGAUUCGAGAAGAUUGCAAUGAUAAAGAAAUUUUGAGGAUAAUAAAAUUAGACGCUGAAAGGACGUUUAAUAAGGAAGAAAAUCGAUCGUUGCUGAUCGAAGUGCUGCAAUCCAUUUAUCCAAUAACGAAUGAUUAUCACCAAGGCAUAUCUUUUAUCUCUUCCUUUUUGUUGCUUUUUUUAGAACCAAGGGAAGUGGUAAAAAUUAUUACCGGUUUACACAGAUAUUACUUGCCAGGUUAUUUUAAGGCAAUGCCGAAGGCAUACGUGAGGGAUUCUCGUGUGUUUUUAAGCAUCCUAAAUCAUUUCCACCCAAAUUUAUAUGAACAUAUAAAAAACUUGAUAACUCCAGAAGCAUUCGUUUCCAAGUGGUUCAUUGGUCUCAAUGUGCACGUCUUGACAUUCGAAUCGCUUAUGUUAUUUUUCGAGCACUUGUUGAAAGAAGGAGAAAUAUUUUUGUUUAAAUAUAGUAUUGCUUUGUGCAGAACUUUGGAACAAGAAAUUAUGAACACGAAUGACGUGUCUAAGCUUCUAGCGCUGUUGCGAUUAGACCAGAAACUUUUCCCCAAUGAUUAUAAAAAAUCGGAAGCGCAGAAAAUUGGAGAUUUUUUUCUAAACAUUAUUGAAGCUUCGUUAAAAGUGGACAUGACAGACAUCGACUUGGACAAACUGAGGGAAGAAGCGUGUGAACAGAUGAGGCUGGAGGAGGAAAGGAGGAAGCAAAUUGAGAUGGAGCGCCUUUUGACGGAUGACGAAAUUAUUUUUUCCGACGAGGAGGAGGACGACCUGGAUGAUGAUGACGAGGGCGAUGCGGAUGAGGAGUGCACCGACGGCGGGGAUGCGGACCUGACGCAGAGCGAGCAGGGGGACAAAUCGGACCACGCGGGUGGUUCGGAAAACGCGGAUGGUUCGGACAACGCGGAUAGUUCGGAAAACGCGGAAGGUUCGGAAAACGCGGAAAGUUCGGAAAACGCGGAAGGUUCGGAAAACGCAGAAGGUUCGGAUCAUGCGGAAAAACCGCUUCACGUGGAGCUGAACAAAUUGCAGCUUGACGAGGCCAACAAGGCCAAGCCAGAAGACGCAAAGGAGAAAGCAUUUUCGAGUGGAGAGGCCCAAACAGGUGACAAGAAAAGCGUGGAAAAAAGGGAGUGUGAAGAGGCGGACUUCAUUUGA